AUGGCCGUCUCGCCCGCCCCAACUUCGACUGUCCAUAAACAGCCUUAUGCGGCCAUCGACCCUGCCCGCCCUGAGCUCUCCCAGAAGGGCCGUGUUGUUCUCGUCACAGGAAGCUCCAGUGGAAUAGGAUUCGCAAUCGCAAGAAGCUUCGCUAAAGCCCAAGCUGCGGUUGUUAUUUUAACCGGACGCCAACAGGCGUCCCUUAGCAAAGCCGUUGACAUAUUGAAGCUGCAGUUCCCAAACACACAGUUUAUCGGGAAGGGUAUUGACAUAGCUGACUCGGAUGCUGUUGGGCUUCUCUGGGAUCAACUGGAUGCAGAAGACCUUGUUGUCGACGUUUUGAUCCUCAACGCCGCACGCAUCCAGCCCAAGGUGGCGUCUAUGCUGGAUUUGGGCUAUGAAGAGGUGGUUGCCGACUUUGCCACCAACGUUGGUGGCAACAUGAAGCUUACCGACUGCUUCUAUCACCAGCGCAAACGAGAUAAGGCAAAGAGAUUGGACCUUCCGGGACACUUUGCGGUUUGGGCUUCGACCACUGAAGCAAGUUUCCUCCAUGGCCGUUUCGUUUGGUCCUCCUGGGACAUUAAUGAAAUGCGCCAGGGUGAGUUUAGGAAGCGCAUUGACGAUGAUGACAACUAUCUUAAGGUCGGAGUCAUAGGUCUUUAA